AUGCAGCGAUGCGUGGCGGUAGUUGUGCGCCCGUGCUAUCGCCCCUCGUUCCUCUUCUCCCACGUGUCGCCACGCCGCCACCGCUUCGCAAUCUGUCCUGUGCCCGCCUUCGCGCUGCACCUCCCGCUCGCCACUAUGGGCUGCGCUAGUUCCGCCCCCACCGCCAACGCGGCAGCGGGGGAGGUUGGGAAUGGCGGCGAGGGCCAGGCGGAGGAGUGGACGCUGUGCGGAUGUGGGGGAAAUCGGCGCGCUAAGGAGGGCAAGGUGCGGACGCAGGCGGGCGGGGAAAAGAGGCGGAGGACCAGGGAAAACGAGGCGCAGAAAGAGGAGGCAUUGAGGGACGGGCGCGCGAUUAAGAACGAGCGGAACGCGGAAGUGAUGCGCGGUGGGGACCGAGGCGAGGAGAGGGACGAGGGGAAAGAAGCGCACGAGGGGAGAGUGGGAGGCAAGGUGCGCGCAGAGGGCGGGCAGAAUGGCGCGGAGCUUUGCGAUUGCACGGGGAUGGACGGCGGAGCAGGGGGCGGCACGCUCAAGGUGCGCAGCACUGAGGGGGCUGCGGGCAGGGGGAGGGUGCAGGCAGGGCGCGCUCUGGCCUGGCAACGAGCCCCCACCGCCCAUCUCCCACGGCCCACCAUUGCAGGAGCGCGCUGCCCCCACGGCCCACCCAGCUCGGCCAAUCCGCGGCCAGCAUGCAAUCCCCCACCAGGUGCCAUAUUCCCUUGCCGCCACGUGCCAUUCCACUUUGCUGCUCCGCUUCCUGCCCGUGCCGUCUCCUCAAUGCCCCCCACGCCAUGCUCACUUUUGCUGGAGCCCGUGUGUGUGUGUGUGCAUGGUAUGGCAUGUGUGCGUGGUAUGGCAUGUGUGCGUGGUAUGGCAUGUGUGCGUGGUAUGGCAUGUGUGUGUGGUAUGGCAUGUGUGCGUGGUAUGGCAUGUGUGCAUGGUAUCUCAUGUGCACGGCACAGCAGGGUGGGCGUGCUGGCGUUCGAGGUGGCAGCAGCGGUGGUGAGGGCGGGGGUGGUGCGGCAGUCAGUGGAGGGCGAGGACGUGGACGAGCUGCGCAGGGAGGUGCUGGCGUCCGAUGGCAUCGCCUUCCUCCUCUCCUCCGACUUCAACCACGUCUGGCACAUCGCCGCCCGCGAUAAGUGGGAGGAGGUGGGGCGGCUGGCAGCGAGUGUGGUGCAUCUCGGCUCGCAGUGCACCGACACCGCUCUGCACUCCCUCGCCCUCCGCUUCUCCAGCCUGGCUGCAGCAGUGAGGGAGCGGCAGGGGGGUGGGGGGGAGGAGCAGGGGGGGGUGGAGGAGAGGGAGGAGGGGGAGGCGGUGGACGAGCUGCUGCUGCAGCUGGAGGAGGACGCUCAGAUCACCAUGGAGCUGAGGCGCGAGGUGCUGCUGCUGGAGGCCAUGCGGCGCGACAUGGAUGCCACCUGCGAUACUGCUGCUCAUGCUGGCGAUGCUGGGGGCGAUCAUUGGGGGGAGAGGGCGGCGGAGCUGAGGGCACAGAAGGAGCGGGUGCGCGCCAUGCAGGAGAGCUCGUUGUGGGACCGCCCGCUCCAUGAGUUGGGGAUCAUGCAUGAGUAUUACGAAAGGGAUGAUGCUCCUAUUCGCAUCACUGCACCACCAGAACCGUCUGAUCCUCUCCUCCACCCAACCCGCCCCCUAACCCCCAUUCAGUUGGUGCGCCAGCUGGCGCGGGUCGUGGAUCAUCUCAUCCGCCUCGUCUCCUCCACCUUCGGCCCGCUGCGUGAUUUCUUCCCAAACACUCUCCUUCACAUCUCGCCCCUCUCAUCCCCGGCCCCCAACGCCCCGCCAGCACCGGACGUCCCUCUGCUGCCAGUGCGAGGGAAAGGCGCACAGGCGGAGGGGGGGAGGGACGGGCAGGCGGAUGGGGGGAGGGGCGGGGAGGCGGAGGGGGGGAGGAAGCUGGGGGAGUCGGGCAUGGCACUGGCGUAUGCACGCCUCAUCAUCGCCAUCGACCUGCUGGUGGGCAUGCAGGGGGCGGAGAGUCGGAGGGACUACCUGUACUCGCUGCUGCCACACUCGCUGCGAUGCAAACUCAAGGGGGCGCUGCUGCAGUCACAACACAUCUGCAUGGAGAGCACGGAGAGCAUAGAGGAGAAGCUGGAAGGCGUGUUGGACUGGCUAGUCACCAUGGCAGACAACACCAUCAGGUACGCGAGUGACGUGCGGGUGCGGGGAGGCAGUGCGUUGAGUCGCCUGCAGACACUGCAGCACGUGGAGGAGGCGCGCAUGGAGCGCCUCGUGCUGUUGCUGCUCAUCGGCCUGCAGCACCUCGCCAGCCGCCAGCAGCUCCCCCCUCCCCCCGCCCCCGCACGCACACCUGCACCUGCCCCCUCCACCGCCCCACCACACGGGGUGGGCGAGGGGGGGAAUGGCAGCAGCGGGGGCGGGCCCAGUGGCAAGUAUGCCAUGACAGGCGCUGGGGGCGGCCCGUGGGGCGCUGGCAGAGGCGCAGGCAGGGCGGGUGGUGGCGCAGCAGAGAGGAGGGGCGGGGGUGCGGGGGAAGAGGGGAGAGAGACGAGAGAAGGGGCAGGGCAGGAGGGUGAGGGGGGGAGCGGCAGUGGCAAGGGGGUGAGCAGGGAGGCAGCGGGCAGUGGAGGGGUUGCUUUACCCGCUACUCCAGGUGGUGGUGGUGGGGUUGGUGGCAGGGAGAGGGGGUGGGCGAGUCACACGCGGGUGUGGCACCCCAUCCCAUGCACCGCCAUCAGAGCCCCCUACCCUCCCCCUGCCGCCCACGUGGCAGCUGACUUGGCCAGUGACGUGGCAGGUAUGGAGGGUCACUCGCCAAGCGUGCCUGCAGCAGGGCCAGGCGGCGAGGAGCGAGCCGUGGGGUCGGUGGCAGCACAUGCAGCGGUGGGCCCGUGGGGGCAAGAGGCAGAGCGAGGCGAUGCAGGCACAGCAGAGGCAGGGAGCGGGUUGAUGGCAGCAGAGGGUACAUGCGAGGAGACCGGCGAGGGCAGGGCGCCGAGCAGCGAGGGGCGCGUGGGCAGCCCCGGUGGCAUGCAGGACGUGCCUCCCAUCGACCUGCACGCUGCUGCUCUGUCCUCCCACCCGCAGUGGUCACCCGGGUCAGGCAGCGACCCCCCUUCCCCCGCCCCGCUGCCGUGGUCGGGGCCGCUGAGCGAGCGCAGCAGCGUGGGGCGCGCGUCCCAGGCCAGCAGCCCCGGUGGCGUGGCGUGGAGUGGCGGUGUGCGGCGCACGGGCAGUGCGGAGGGCAGCAGGGAGGGCGAGGGCGUGGAGGAGUGGAGCGAGAUCCUGGCCCACUUGUCGUCCGCUGCUCGCGGUGCCGUGGGGGGGUUGGGCGGGGUGGGGACAGGGGAGGGUGAUGGGGGGAUUGUUAUGGAGAGUGCAGUGAUGGUGGGAGGUGAGGGUGUGGAGAAUGUGAGUGUGGGGAGUGUGAGCAGUGGGAGGCGGGAAUGGAGGGUGCCACAGAGUGUGCCUGAGGAGGAGGAGGAAGGCGAGGAGGGAGAGGCCAGGGGUAAGGAGGAUCAAGGGGAACGAGAGGAGCAAGAUAGCAGUACAGUUCACAGCGGCACAGGGGAAGUAGCUCCACCAGCAGCCGAGCCAGCAGUGUUGCCGCCAUUGGUGGAAUCAAACACGUGUCCAUCUGUCCCUCCCUUAUCUCAUCUGCCCACCGAGCCUUUCACCCCUGGGUCUCUUAUGCCGCCGUCGCCCUCUGCUGCCAUGCCACCGCGCUCUGAGCUGCUUGCCAGUGCAGCGCCUGCAGCAGGUGGUGUGGAUGACUCCCCGGCCACCACUGUGCUUGCCGCCGCCGCUCCCAGCAGUGUAGCGGCAGAAAGUGGGCCGGUGGCGAGGGUGCGGGCGAGGGCCCCUCGGCCGGGGUGGAAGAGCAAGAGCCAGCCGCUGGAGCGACUGGCGGCGCGCAUGAAGCAGCGGCAGCAGCGGGCAGCGGGGCAGCUGCAGGAGAGCACAGGCGUGGCGGGCAGAGGAGGCAGCCCCCAGCUGCAGCUGCAGGGCGAUGGACCCGGCAGGGGGCUGGCAGGGCGACAGUCGGUCUCGCGCACUCUGAGUCGCCUGCAGCAGCAGCACACCAACAGCCUCACCGCCUCCUCUGCUGGCGGCGCUGCCCUGGGCGCGGACUCCCCCCUCCACGCACGCGUGCUGCGCCGCGCGCUCACUCCCAACCCCAGCGCUGCUGCUGGCGGCAGCCACAGCGGAGGGCUGGAGAGGCGCGUGGGGAGGGGGCUCGGGGGCGCAUGGGAGGGGGACAUGGGGGUGGAGGGGGAGGAGGAGGAGGAGGCAGACAUCGAUCGCAUUCUGGAUGCGCGGCCUAACAUGGACAUCAGUGCUCUCAGCCCCAUGCUCAUGCGCUCCCCCUCCUUUGGCCGCCAGCAGUACUGGAUGGUGUGA